AUGGUCGUAAUUGUCGUAAUUGUACUUCUUUUGACACAAUUGAAGGCGGCUAAUUCAAAUGCUCAAAAUGCUAUGAGUUCUUCUAAAGUUCAAUUGGAGGAAUUGACUAGGAAACUAUCACAGCCAUUAGAACAAUCAGUCAUCACACAUAUCUAUCGAAUUAUGUUGAUCUGCAAUUCCACGUGGCUUUCGAUGAAUCCUCCACUUUGCACAGAUUCAGAUUCAAUGGACACAUUAUCUUUCAUUUUUCCAAUAACCGAACAAUCAACUAUAGAUUGCAUGAACUCGGAUGACAUUCUUCUUGACUACACAGCGACGAUUUUUGAUGUUGAAAGAAUAUCUGGUUUCCAAUUCGGUCUUGGUGCUCUAAGCCAAAAUCAGAAUACAAUUAUUAGAAGGAAGAUAUCUACAAAACUUUGGUAA